AUUUAUUUGCAUCUUACAGAUAUCACACAUAUUCCGGUGUGCGCGUAUACAGGGACUAGAUACUUUCGAAGGGUUACUGCUAUUCGGAAAAGAACAUUGUUAUGUGAUAGAUGGUUUUACCUUGAUGAAAAAUCGAGAAAUACGAGACAUAGAUUCACUUUGCUCUGGAAGCUACGAGCCAAUUCUACCAAAUCCAGGAAAUGUCAGAACACCCCACGAGAUGAGACAAAGUUCAAAAUUUGCUUAUGAAGACAUUCGAGAGGUCCAUAAACGAAGAUAUCUGCUACAACCCAUUGCUUUGGAAGUGUUCUCAGGCGAUGGUCGGAACUUUUUGCUAAGUUUUCCACGCAAAGUUCGGAACAAAGUGUAUCAGAGGAUUAUGUCUGUUGCUACUUCUAUUGCGGAUAAUGCUCAACAAUCAGUUGCUGGCCAAAGUCGCACAGCAAAUGUAGAACAAUCUUCGAAUUUGUUUAGCAGCCUUAUAGGAGAAACUUCUGUUACUCAGCGAUGGGUGCGUGGAGAAAUAUCAAACUUCCAAUAUUUGAUGCAUUUGAACACAUUGGCCGGAAGAUCGUACAAUGACUUGAUGCAAUAUCCAGUAUUCCCGUGGAUUCUCGCCGACUACGAAUCGGAUUGGCUUGAUUUCUCUAAUCCUAAGACUUUUCGUGAUUUUUCAAUGCCAAUGGGAGCGCAGUCGAAGGAACGCCUCCAACAGUUUGAAAAGCGUUAUCAAGAAUGGGAUGAUCCACAUGGUGAAACUCCGCCAUAUUUUUAUGGAACACAUUACAGCUCAGCAAUGAUUGUUUGUUCAUAUCUUGUUCGCCUAGAGCCAUUUACACAACAUUUUCUGCGUUUACAAGGAGGUCAUUUUGAUCUAGCCGAUAGGAUGUUCCACAGUAUCAAAGAAGCGUGGCAUUCAGCGUCGAAACACAAUAUGGCCGACGUAAAAGAACUUAUUCCUGAGUUUUUUUACUUACCCGAGUUUUUAACCAAUGCAAAUAAUUUUGAUUUUGGUAUGAAGCAGAAUAGCGAGACAUUAAAUCAUGUCGUGUUGCCGCCAUGGUCGAAAGGAGAUCCGAGAGAAUUUAUUAGAGUACAUCGAGAUGCUUUGGAAUGUGAUUAUGUCAGUCAACAUUUACAUUUGGUAAGAGCCAUCUUAAUGCUAAUUUUGCUUAUAAACAGCAUGCUAGUAUAGAAACAACACAACUUG